AUGCCUCCAAACACUGAGAAUUACACAGAGAAAAUUAAUUAUAGAGCAUCUGAAGAGCCGCUGAGAAGAGCAACUGCAGGAUGGGACAUACAGGACAUACAGUCAUGCCUUCCAGUGGCCAUCACAGGAAGGCUGAUGGUCAAUGGUCCUGUACAGUCGCUGGAGUGGGAUUCUCACUACUGCCGCUUAAGCUCGGAAACAGAUCGCGGGGGCAGAUGGCACGCCGGGGGACCGGGGCUGGCGGGGGUGGGGGGGUGCGGGGAGAGGCGCAGGCCGGUGGCCGCGCAUGAGCACAGCAUCGCCGGGACUCUGGCUCCACCUGCUGGUGCAGUUUUCCUCCGCGGUUGCUCUCGCGGGGUGUUCCCGGCGCGAGGCUCGCGCGGCGCCGUAGUGCGAGGAUUAGCCCAGGUGCGCCCCCCUGCAGCGUGGGGCGAGGAUUCCCGGACUCGAGACCGCUACUCUUCUCCUACCUGCUGCCAGGUGUCACACGAGGGCUUUCUGUGUUUGUGGUUCACGUCUGGGUGGCGGACCCGCGGUGCCACUGAAGAAGCUGAGGCCACUGCCUGGGGAUUAACUCUCCGCUUACAUGAUGUCAGUGACCCCCUGCGAGCCUGCUGCCCACAGACCUCCUUCGCUCUCAGUGCUGUGGAAUGGCCCACCAUGGCCAAGUUAGGGUACAGGGCCACUGUAGCCGAGGUUCCUGGGUUUGACGACCUCCAUUCACAGGGACAAGCCCAGCCCUAACCAGCUUUCUUAGAAAUACAGUUUGUGUUUGUUUGUUUGUUUAAUUGAGGUUUGAUUAAAUCA